AUGGCCACCGUUUCUGAGAACCCACCACAACCAGCAGCAGACUACUUCAACGCCACGUCCGGAGCAACAGAGCCAGUCUGGGUCCACACAGAGCCGUACAGCGCCCGCCCACACUUUUCCAAGCUUGAACGCGAUGUUGAGACCGAUGUCUGCGUCGUGGGAGCUGGUAUUGCUGGGAUCCAGACCUCUUACGAACUCGUCACCCGCGGUUUCAACGUUGUCCUACUCGAGGCACGCGAGAUUCUGAGCGGCGAGACUGGCCGUACUUCAGGCCACCUGGCUAGCGCUCUUGACGACGGCUACACGCUCAUUGCUGGCAAGCACGGCCAGGAGGGUGCCCAGAUUGCUGCCGAUAGCCACCAGUGGGCCAUCAACCGAGUUGGAGACGUUGCGAAGAAGCUGGGCAUUGACUGCGAGUAUCGCCUGCUACCAGGCUACGAGUUUUCCCAGUACGACCGUGUCAAGCAGCCAAAGGAGCACGCAGAGGAGAACAAGGAGCUCGAGGAGGAGGUUUCCAAGGCACAGGAACUUGGGCUGAAGGUCGAAUACGAUGCAGACUUCAAGCUCCGCGGCUGGGAUGGUGAGCCUGACCAGCGUGGUGCUGCUAUCUUCAGAGAUCAAGCUACAUUCCACCCCACCAAAUACCUCAACGGUGUCCUGAAGUGGCUCAAGGAGCAGCCAAACUUCCACUGCUUCACCCAUACUCGCGUCAUGGACUUCUCCGAGAAAGGUAUCGAAAUUGGACCAAUUGGACACAAGACGGUCGAGCUCAAGACAAUCGAUGGCUACACAGUCAAGGCUCAGGACGCUAUAGAGUACGACCGCACCUACUGCAUCGCCAUUAAAGUACCCAAGGGCUAUGUUGAAGAUGCCCUGUUCUACGACGAGGCAGAGGAAUACAAGUAUGUGCGUUUGACACACUGUGAUGCCGAGCAUGAUUACUUGGUAGUGGGUGGUUGCGAUCACAAGGAGGAACCACUUGGACGCUUCAAGGAGCUCGAGACGUGGACUCGCGAACGCUUCACCAAAGCAGGCUCCGUAGAUUAUGCUUGGUCCGGCCAGGUCUUCGAGCCAGUCGACUUCAUGGCCUUCAUCGGUCGCGAUCCUGGAACCAAGCACACUUGGAUCAUGACUGGUGACUCGGGAAAUGGACUUACUCACUUCGUCCUCGGUGCCGACAUCAUUGCCACCGAGAUCUCUGGCCAAGCUCACCCAUGGUCGAAACUCUACAGACCCAAUCGUGUCGCGUCCAUCCUCAAGAGCGGCAAGCAAAUGCUCUCCCACGAUCUCCAGAUCAAUGCACAGUACAAACGCUUUUUCCAGUCCGACAUCGAGGACAUCGCAGACUUGCCCAACGGCGAGGGCGGCGUCCUCAACCCGACUACGAAGACACCGACUGCUGUAUACAAAGACGACGAGGGUAACGUGCACAAGCUCAGCGCUCUCUGUCCUCAUUUGAAGGGAGUCGUGUGCUGGAACCGCACUGAGAAGAGCUGGGAUUGCCCUGUUCACGGAUCGAGAUUCUCAAAGGACGGCGUUUGUGUGAUGGGACCGGCGAAGGGCAACCUCUCACCAUUCGAUGAGAAUGCUAAGCAGGAGCAAGCCAAGACGGGUAUCGAGGUGUGA